AGUAACAGAACCCAAAAGUGGUCGGUAAACAGGAGGUUAAUACAAAGUUCCAGUAAUUGAGCAUAUGAAGGUGUUCUGAAUGAUUUUCAUUUAUUUUGAUCUAAUAAUUCGCUAAACUCAAGCGUCGAGUGACCUGACCAAACGCAACCUAACCACCUUUUAGUUACGCCAUUAUUUUAGAAACUUAAUUUUAUUUUUAGGAUUUGAAUAAAUCAAGUUUCCAAUCUAUAGUAAGUGUUUAAUUUUGCGUGCAUUCGAAAUAUUUUUUUCAUAUUCAAGAUUGAACAUUAUUGUUGAUAAUUGCUUAUUAUCAAUGAUUUACAGAGACUGACGAUCUACAAUGUUUGUAUAUCGAUAUAUAGGCUCCCUCUAUACUAACGUUUUCAUUGGUUCUCGAAAGUCUAGUAGCAAAAGUACCACCACAUUCAUGGUAACGAAUUCUAUCAUGGCUGACUGACAUUGAUUUUUUGAAAAUAUUGCAAAAAUUAAUCAACAGCAUAUUCUAUAUUUGGUUCGAAAAACACGAAUAGUAUUAAAUAUAUACGAAGUAACAAUUCAACUAUUUUCGGUUAGUAUUUCUCUAAUCAUAUUUUUCUGAAUAGAAGUAUUUUUAUCAUGAAUAUCAUUCAAACUAUCUGAUCAGUAAAUACUCUUAAAAUAAAAUUUUCAAAUCGUUUUAUCGAAAAACAAUGAAAUGAAAUAUAACUCUAGAUUAUUUCUAUACAAAAAUAGUUUGCCGGUUCGCAGCAGUCUUCCAUCAUAAUGAGAAAAUCGAGAGAUAUGAGAAAAAUUCUCUGUACCUCAUAUAAUUGUUGUUUUUGUGUGGUUCAGUUGUCCUAUCGGUCUGUAGUAGGGCUUUUUCUUUUAACAUGAGUGGAUUUCCAUUAUCAAAGCUAGAUUGUUAAUGCAUAACUCUACGAGAGAGUUCAUUAACAAAAGCACAGGUAACAACUAUACAACCUUGGUUUCUGAACAGUUAACAUGUCAAUGGGUCCAUCACUUCCUCAACAUCGAAACAAGGAACUAGAGAACGAGAUCGAACGAAGAAAAGACAAACCAUCAUUGGACGUUUCCGAAUACAAUUUAAAUGAUAAAGACAUGGAAAUCGUUGCAUAUUACGUGUUACGAAACAAUACGGCAAUCACCGACCUAUGCCUUCAUAAGAAUCAAAUCGGAGCUAUUGGAGCCCAAUACCUUGCAAAUGGAUUACGAGAUAACAAAACAAUCACCGAGUUGACUCUCGUUAUUAAUCAAAUUGGAGAUACUGGUGCUCAAUAUCUUGCUGAUGCCUUGAGAGCUAACGACACACUCACUAACCUAGGCCUUGGAUCGAAUCAAAUCGGGGAUGUUGGUGCGCAAUACCUUGCUAAUCUCUUAUGUGAUAACAAAACACUCACUUGGUUGGACCUUAAUAGUAAUGAAAUUGGAAAUAUUGGUGCCCAACAUUUGGCUAAUGGUCUAAUAGAUAAUAAAACACUCGUCAGGUUAUACCUUAACAGCAAUGAAAUUGGAGAUGCCGGUGGUCAAAAUCUUGCUGCUAGCUUGACGGAUAACCAGACACUCCAGAAAUUGUAUCUCUUCUAUGGCAAUUAUAUUUCAUCGCAACUGAAAGAACAAUUGCAGCAAAAAGAUAAACGAUUAAUAUAA